AUGGACAGACAGACGGGUGGACAGACAGACGGGUGGACAGACAGACGGAUGGACAGACAGACAAGUGGACAGACAGACGGAUGGACAGACAGACGGAUGGACAGACAGACGGAUGGACAGACAGACGGAUGGACAGACAGACGGGUGGACAGACAGACGGGUGGACGGACAGACGGAUGGACAGACAGACAAGUGGACAGACAGACGGAUGGACAGACAGACGG